UGGACUAAAAGAUCUCUAAGGUUCCUUCCAAUCAUAAAUCUAUGAUUUUAUGAUGCUGAUGUAUUGUGCAACCUUGGGAAUCACUUAGGUCAGCAAGCAUUUAUUACUACUUUUUAAAAUAAUAUUUUAUUUUUACCCAGUUACAUGUAAAACAAUUUUAACAUUCAUUUUUUUUAAAAUUUUGAGUUCCAAAUUUUCUAUUUCCUUCCUUUCUCUUUCCCUCCCAACCCACCUGAGACUGUAAGCAAUCCAAUAUAGAUUUUACAUAUAGCAAGCAUUUGUCAUUUUUAAUCAUAUUUUAUUUUUACCCAAUUACAUGGAAAAAUUUUUAAUAUUCAUUUAAAAAUUUUUUGAGUUCCAGAUUUUCUCCCUCCUUUCCAUUCCCCACCUCCCUCAUGACAGUAAACAAUCUAACAUAUUUUACAUGUAGCAAGGAUUUAUUAGAUACCUAUUCUGUUCUACUGACAGAGCUAAAUAUUGGGGGAUACAGAGAAAGGCAAAAAAUAAGUCUCUGGUCUAAAGGAGCUCCCAGUCUAAUUGAAGGAGACUGUUGGGAAACUACUAUGUAUAAACAAAAUAUAUACAGAAUGAAUGGGAAGAAGGUUCAGAGCUUGGGAAGGCACUAAGACUGAGGACUGGGAAAGGCGUCUUGAAGGAGGGAAGGAAGAUGAGAUUUGAAGGAAGCUGAGAAGCCAGGAGGCAGAAAUGGGGAAGGAGAGCAUAGCAGGCUCUCAUAGGGUGGGAGGAUACACCAAUGAAAACGCUUGGAGUCCGGAAAUGGAGCCUCUGGUGUGUGGAAUAGCAAGGACAGCAGUGUCACUGGAUCGCAGAGUAAGAGGGGUUUUUAAGAAGAUCCGGAGAUCUUAGGAUCCCUGGGCCUCAGUCAUUUGUAUUCUCUUCCAAUUCUAUUCUCUGAUCCCUAGGACUUCCCUGGGCCUCUGUUUCCACGCCUGUAAAAUGAAGUUUUGUCUAGAUGGCCUUUAUUUUCCCCAUCAGGAAAAUGAGGGUAUCAAGCUAGAUGAUCACUUCCACUUCUAAAUUUCAGAUCCCUUUCACCUCCCUGGCUCUCAGUUUUCUCAUCUGUAAAAUGCUGAGCCCCUUUGGGGGCAGGUAGGUGGCUCAGUGGAAUGAGAGCCAAAGCCUAAAAACAAGAGGUCGUGGGUUCAAAUCUAACCCCAGACCAGGGCAAGUCCUUUAAUCUCCAUCGUCCAGCCAUCACCGCGCUUCAGCCUUGUAGCCAACAGAUGGUAUAGAAUCUAAGACGGAAGGUAAUGAUUUAAAAGAAAAUGUUGAUCUAAGUUCCCUCAAGCUCUAAAGCCGGAUGUUUUCAGUGGACUGAAUACGUACAUACAGGAGCAAGAACCUGCACUCCCAGAGUCCAGUCCGGUCACAGUCACUCCUCUCCUCUUCCCUCUUCCUCAGCAUCUACCAUAUACCAGCAUAGGACGCACACACGUGGCACUGAGCCAGGACACAACCAAAGAGCAGUGAAUCAGUGCCUGGGGCUUUUCUCCCCCUCCUUCUACGCGGCUCUCUAAUGGGCGAGGUUUCGGCCUCCCUCCAAGCCACGCCUUCCAGACUUCUGAUUGGUCCUUUCGAAAGAGGCGGUGGCGGCGACCCGAGACAGAGCCAGAAGCGGAGGCGGUUGGUCGGGGAUAAGGCACCGCUUUAGCCUUGGGAUGGGGACCCAGGAGACGAGCUGAGCCUCUGGUCCCAGAGCCGAAAAAGAAUUUAAUUUCCAUAUAGAUGACCAUGCAGCAUGCAGUUCAAGUGUGGUUUGGAGAUGAUCUCCCUCUAAGUCCCCGAAGUCCCCUUACUCCCCGACAUGGACCAGGUUUGGCAGAUGUUUGCCAGUAUGACGAAUGGAUAGCAGUACGCCAUGAAGCUACUUUGGUACCUAUGCAGGAAGAUUUGGCAAUUUGGCUAAAUGGCUUAUUGGGUGUUGAUGUCAAGGCAGAAAGAUUAUUAGAAGAACUUGACAAUGGAGUCCUUCUGUGCCAACUGAUCAAUGUUCUACAAAAUACAAUUAAAGCAUGUUGUGAUUCUGAGGAACUAGGGGAUUUUCCAAUGAGAAAAAUGCCUUGUAAAAAAGAUGCCCCAUCAGGCUCAUUCUUUGCUAGAGACAAUACUGCCAACUUCCUUCACUGGUGCAGGCGUGUUGGUGUUGAUGAGACUUACCUCUUUGAAUCUGAAGGCUUAGUUUUACACAAAGAUCCAAGACAGGUUUAUCUUUGCUUGCUGGAAAUUGGAAGAAUUGUAUCAAGGUAUGGGGUUGAGCCACCUGUAUUAAUAAAACUUGAGAAAGAGAUUGAAUUAGAAGAAACCUUGCUAAAUACCUCUGGGACUCUCCUUCCCGAGAGUCCUCCAAAAUCCUGCUGUCACCAGGGAGAGCUCCAUGAAGCUGUUAAACACAUCGCCGAAGAUCCCCCCUGUAGCUGUUCUCAUCGAUUUUCCAUUGAAUAUUUGUCUGAGGGUCGCUACAGAUUAGGAGACAAAAUACUUUUCAUAAGAAUGCUUCAUGGCAAACAUGUGAUGGUUCGUGUUGGUGGAGGCUGGGAUACUCUUCAAGGUUUUCUGCUUAAAUAUGACCCCUGCCGAGUGUUACAGUUUGCAACGUUAGAGCAAAAAAUCCUUGCUUUUCAAAAAGGCAUUUCUAAUGAGAGCAUUCCAGAUUCUCCAGCCAGAACUCCACCACCUCCUUUAAUGGAUCCAAUGUCAGCAGUUAACAUGAUUCAGAAGCAAAAUUCAAGACCUGGCACACCAGUUUCUGUGCUGAGGGCCAGAGAGAAACACACCAUUAGUAAACGCCCCCAGUCUCCUGCUCGGGCAUGUGCUACACCUACACCACAUCUGCCCACCUCGCUAAAAGCUGGUCACUCCAACUCUGGGCCUUCUAAAGUACCAAAUUCAUCAGCAACAGCUUCUCUUCAGCAUCUCACACGUCCCAAAGGAGCACCAAAGAAACCACCUUCUCUUGCCCAUCCAGUCAGUAAAAGCACUUCUUCACCUGAUUCAUUAAGGACUGCAUCGAGUGUCUCUGAGUCUCUCCGCAAACGUGUCUUGUCCCCUGAUUAUCCCAAAGCCAAGUGUCCACCAGCACAGAGUUCUAGUGGCAGGCCGUCUCCUGCCCAUCUGUCAAAUAAGUAUUCUGAUAAAAGCGAGCCAAAGCAGUUAAAGCACAAUUAUGAUUCUUCUAAGUACUGUGCAGUGUCUCACUCAGCAUCUCCAAAGCCACCUAAGCUUCCCAUAACAAGCAUUAGGCAAGCAUCUAAGGCUUCCCCUUCUCUUCAGUCCCCUGCAAAAAUAGCAAAAUCCAGUUCUAAAAGCACAACUGAAAGGCCAGGUACAGCACAACCUCAGCCACCCAAUAGAGAGCCACAGACAAGGAGAGACCAGAUGCAGAAAGUCAAUUCCAUCCGGAAUUUAAGCCAACCAGUUUCUUCAGCCUCUGUUAUGCCUGCGAAAACAGCCCAGGCAGCAACCUUGCUGGCAUCAAAUGGUAAGAAUGUGGCUUCUGAAACCAAAAAACAGCCCCUGAAUAAGAGCAAAGGUCUUCCAAUGGGAUCUAGCCUGUCAAAACCUUCUGUUCGUACUCCACUGUCAGUUGUAAAGCUUUCCCAGACUUCCAUCAAAACACCGACUUCAGUAAAGGCAGCUCAGCCUGCCACAAAGGGUCAGCCUUUGAUGAAAACCCCACCAAAGACAAGCAAAACCACAAAUUUGUCAACCAAGAAACCACUCUUGUCCAAGAAGGAAACAGUUGUUGAUGGUGACAAGCCCAUACCGAAGAAAAAGGAGGAUGACCAUUAUUUUGUUAUGUCUGGAAAUAAGAAAGCUAGAAAGUAAAUGAAAUGGAGUGAGUAGAGGAAACAAAAGAAGAAUGCAAUUUUCAGUAAGAUCUUUCCAGUUUGUUAUAUCUGAAUGUGCAGCAGUUAGCUCUCCUAAGGGAGGAUGCAAAAUACUGAUAAAAAACACUGGGUUUGAGUAAGAAAUCUUGGGUUUGAAUUCUGCCUAUAUUAACUACAUGGGUGGCCUUGGGCGAGCCACUUCAUAACUUUCAGGCUCAGUUUCCUCAUCUCUAAAAUGAGGGAGUUUGGUCACAUCCAGUUUUGAGUAAGAUGGCACGUUUAGCACAAGGGAACAGCACCCAGAAAUUCCAAGCUGGGGGUCCAUUGGGACAAUGCCCCCAAGAUGAGUAGAUUCCCAUCCAACGUGUUUUUGCUAUAUCUACAUGUUCAGGGAAGCCUGAAAAAUUCAAAAACACGACUGAAAUUCUGGCUCGUCUCAGUGCCAAUUGAUGAAAAUGUCAACUAUGAGUUGGUUAUGUGUCUUGUUAAGCUCUUGUUUGUAACUUUGGCAUUUGUGCAAAGCAAAGUCACAGUAUGCCUUCCUUUCCUGUUCAACAUGGCCAAGACAUGGACAGUCAUUGAUUGCUAAUGACUGGCCUGGGAUUACUCUUAUUACUGUAGAUUUUUUAAAAAAAUUGUUUUAACUUUCUUGAUUGAUGUCCCCAGAUUCUAGACUGACUCUGCAAGUGCCUGUUGUUAUCAUGAAUAACAUUUUACUAUUGUGCCUAAUUUAUUGAUUUAUUAAUACUGUACAGCAAAUAGGAACUAAACCUGGUUCAGUAUGCUAUAUGUAAACCUGCAAAUAUCUUGUACUUGAGAAGGGGAGUUAGCAUAGUGUGCAAUGGUUAUGGGCAAAACGGACUCAGUAGAUCUUAGAAAACACUUCCAAACAAUUGUUUUUAACACUAUUUUUGAGUAAGGAAGAAGGGUUGACUUUUAAAAAGAUGAAUGUCAGAACUAUGUUGGUUUAAAAUCUUUAAAGUGAAAGACAAGAAAUUUAUUUGGAGUGGUGCUAUAAAAACGUCUUUCCUAAAAACUUUUCUCUUUAGCUAGUAUAGCUAUGUCAAUUUAAAAGACAUUCUUUAGGUUAUGCAUCUUUUCUCGACCAAGAGCAAUGCUUUCUUCAAAAUUCAGAUAAUCAUGUUGGACACUUUAUUGGUUUUAUAGCCUGAGCUCCUUAAUUUGGAGAUGGAGUCAAAUCAUGUAAUGACAGUAGACCAGAAGGCAGUGGAAAUUGUAAAUACUUUAAAGUGAAAAAAUGUUAAAUUUCUCAGUUUCAGGUAAUUCAGACAAUUUAAAAAAUUGCUUUCAGGAUAUUUUAUCUUUGUAGUCUCACACUGUUUUAUUUACUCCAGGUUCUUAUAGAUAAUCAUGACUUGGAUAUAUUAGAUAUAUAUUUUAAGUAAAGUCAUAAUUUCCUAAAAAACAAAAAACAAAAAACAACCCCAAAGCAGAGUAUUUAUUUUUAGAAACUUUUUUUUUAGUGACGUAAAUUGAUUGUCAAUAUUCUGUAGCCUAGAAAGCAGGAAAAACUUAUCUCAGAUGCUUUUAACAUACAGACCAACAUGGUCAGUUUUGGAAUGACUAAUACUGCAAAUGUGGUUUCAAAUAAUUCAAUUAAAAAAGAACUGGUUUUAAAGGAAUAUGCAUCAAAUAGUUGGCUAAGGCUACUGGUAUUCAGGGAAUUUAAGGAGACCCUACCUACAAUUCACUUUCUCAAUAAGAAAUUCAUAAAUCAUUGUUCUUACAAGUAAAUGAAGAGCUAACAUGGCAUGGUGGAUGGAAAAUUGGUUCACCUUUGACAUACUGGUAAUGGGGCCCUGGGCAAACCACUUAACCAUGAAGAUACCUACCUAGAUUGGUAAAGAGUUUCCUUAUUUGAGAGCUCCCAUUUCCAAUGAAAUCCCAGGUCUUGUCUCUAUCUGUAUUAGUAAAUUGAAAGUUAAUCCACCUCAGGAAAUGGGCAACUUGCUUUCAAGAAAGACUUUUAAGUCUGCAUUCAAUCCAAGAACAAUCUUUCUUUACCAGUGGCCUAGAACUUUCAUGUUUUUAUGUUUUUUUCAAUUUUGACAUUUCAGGAAGCCAAUAUGUUAAAAAUAGCCUAUGUAGCAUAUAUAUACUUCUGCAUACUAAACUUUAGAGAGUUAGACUUUCAUUUUGUCAUUUAACAUAAACACAUUGAAGGGGUUGGACUAGAUGACCUGCUCUAGAUUUGUGAUUCUCUGAUUUGAGAUAGGACUGUUCUAGAGUCCACUGAUCUCUCAUCAACAUGUCAUGAUGCUACACAACUCUCAAAAACCGAAUCAGUUAGAGCAGGAACUAUUUAAAGCAGGAGGUCCCAUCAAGCCUCAAGUGUGGGACUGGUAAUAGACUGCCUACAUGUUUAUCUUCUGAGGACGAGUCUAAUAAAGUUCACCAGGCUAGCCAUGAGGAGCUCUUGGAGACAGUCUACUGUGUGACACAGAUGAGCUGUGAUAUGUGUCACUGGUGAAAACCCACACCAACCAAACUAGGACUCCAAACUAAAGUGAUGUUUCUGAGCUGUUGUCAGUGUAUAGUAGUGUGGCUCUUUAGCCCUCAAGACCCCCCCCCCUCCCCAUUCAGCUAUUCUUAUGUCACCUGCCUAUUAAAUUAGACAUUAAAGAUUUUAAUCACCUAAGCCUGCUGGUUUCCCCAGAUGCCACUGAAAUGCCUCCCAGAUAGCAAAGGACUGCACAGAGGUGAGGGAGCUGAGAGAAUAUUUUCAUUGUCAUAAUUUGUCAUCUGAUGAAAUUUGAGUAUUGAAAUGACCAAAACUAUUGGAAGAAACAAUCAUGUCCAAUUUUAUUUUUAAGAACAGUGUAAUAAGUUUUUAAUUGGUUUGCCAUACUUUAUUAAUGUAACAAAUGUGUUAAGACAAACUCAUCCCUGGUCUUCUUUUAUAUUACUUGGUCACAAAUAAGCUGCUGCAGUUAAUGUGGAUACAGAUCAGAAAGGCUUGUGUUAAUUGUCUACAAUACAAUCAUAUAUUGCUCUUUGUUACUGAUUAAAAAACAAAAUCCUGCUUUACCAAAAA